AUGCCAGACGAGGGCUCCGAGAGGCCGAUCAACCAUGGUACACCGUUAUAUCUAAUCCCAGAUCGUACUAUCUGCCUUUUGCGAAAGGCUUGCAGGGCUCCGGAAGACGGUCAAUGGCUCAGAAGAGCCGAUCUUGAGCAAGUUCUGAGGCUCAGUGCACGUCUGAUUGACCCUGCACCACGCACUGUUUUGGAGCCACUGUUGGAUUCCUGGAAUGCAAACGUUUCCCAAGGCCUCCAUGCAUUGGGACUGCCAUUAGAGUGGAUGGGUGUUGAAGCGGCAGCUACUUACGCUGUUAUGCUCAAAAAUAACAUGGUUCCAGAUGCAGUGGGCCAGCGAGCCGCGCGGAUGCUGCUGGUCCUGAAUUAUGAAGAAAUGUGCCAAUUCCCAGAGUGCUACUGUCCACGACCCCGACGAGCAGCAGAGCAAAAGAAGGCAUAUGUGAUGAACUGCAUUGCUCACGCCUGUGGUCUGGGGGAUCCCUCCAAGAGCGAACGUGACUUGAUACACAAUUACCUCAGACAAGGUAGAUGGUUGUGGGUCAUUGCUAGCAUAGUAGGUCUGGGCUUCGCACUGAUAUGUAGCGAGGAAUUGAUGUCCACCAUCAAGAAUGUUAGUCUAACCAACAACGGGGUCAAUGCCCUUGCCACACACACUUUCUACGCACGACCAGCAAUGGUGGCGUUGCUUCAUUCUCUGGAAUCAGCAGUGGCACAUCUGAUGUCCGGGAAGAUAUCCAGAAACCUAUACGAGGCCAUCCAGGAUGAGUCCGGCAUAUUAGGACAAUCUGCUUUGCUUCAAAUGAACGAAGUAGACCGGGUUCAUCUGAAUGUGCAACACGCAGGGUAUCAGGACCCGAUUAAUUUAGAAGCCGUCAUCCAGGAUUUGAAGAACAGAAUAUUGGCAAACUUCCUAGGGAGGCAACUUGCGUUAAAACAUGAUUCUCCGCUCCAAACGAUAAUUUGA